GGAGUCUACAGAAGUGUGAAGACCCUUCUAGACCCACCAUGGCCUGUGGGUGUGCCUAAGUGGUGUUCUAAAGGUUGGAUGUGUCUUCCGCUAAGGGGAAACUCUGCCGAAAUUUCGUGGACGCCGACACUUGUGAAAAUAUCGAGGGAGCUGAGUGUGGACAGCAAAGGGGGGCUGAAAUUCAGGAGGAGAUGUCUGGGGUGACUGAGGAAGGGGGAGCAGCUGAGGUGGAGCAGCAGCAGCAGCAUGAAUCUCCACCUCGAGUUCCACACCCGCCUGAGCGUCCUAGGAGGGAUGUGCGCCCUCCUGCCAUGUAUCCGCGGCCCUUGCGCGCUAGCGGGUCCCGGGAGCUGACUGGGUCGGUGACGGUGACGUCACAGAUCCAGACCGCCCCCGAGUCCCGGUCACGUACGGCCAGGUCGGCGGUCUUGCCGUCGACAGGGUUGUAGAUCGCCGUUUCUUUCGUGACUAUAAGCUGUGCGUCUCGCCCCAUGCGCACGCACUCAUCUCGGAGGGCGUUGUGGGUGUCGGUGCGACCGUGUCCCGUCCCACAACGGAAGAGGUGGUUUGGUAGGCGGGGGUCUACGAUCGCGACCUGUUGGGCGCAGUUGCAGACCCUGGGUGCCGGGAAAGGGAGGCCCAUACGGAACGCCAGGGCGAUGGCAUAGUGAGGCGGCACCAGCCGAAGAGAUGGGAAUAGGGGGAUGGCGAGGAGCCCGUCGCCGGCGCCAUACCCAGUGAGGGAGAGGAGCCGCUGGGUGUGGCCGCUGAGGGGGUUGGGAUCCAUCUCCCGUGACGCGGCCAAUUGACUGGCGAAGCGGGCUGCGUGUACCUCCAGGGCCAAUCGGUGCUGGAGAGGUUCGUCCGAGGGUUCAGCCCGCUCGGCCUGCAGGAGCGCCAAGGCUGGAGCUGGGAGGGCCGACUCGCAUUUCGCCAGCUAGGUAUGGAGACGCGAGGGUCCGUUGAAGGGAGGGGCCAGGGAGCAAGCCGCUGCAGCGAGUGGGCCUGUCGGGUCCGAAGGAAGGGAUAUGAGCAGCCGGUGGGCAUGUGUGACGCUGGAGCACCCAUUCCUGGGCCGGCCGUGUCUUGCCGUUCACCCCUGCAACACAGCCUCCACAAUGGCGCUCAUGCUGCAC